AUGACGAUCCAAUUCCCAAUUCUGUCCUUGGACUAUUUCCAACCGACCCCAGCCAAGCAAUUUCUCAGUCUCACCAAGAAUCCCCGCACCAGCAAAGAAACCCACCGUAUCUUCCACGAGCUCCAGCCCCUCCAGCCAGACGACCUCAUUGGCGAAUGGGACGGCCAUAUCCUGGUCACCGGCCACCCCUUUGAACCAGAGCUGGAGGCGUUGAACUGGGUUGGGAAUACAUUCGACAGCACCACCGAUGUGGCACCGCUGAUGGUCGGCCGGAACGGCGAGCGGACAUGUUAUGAAGACUGGGGACGUGCAUCGUUACGUGAGAUCAGAUACCAGGGUGUGGUCUCUGCGGCUUUAGUGUAUGAUAGACAGCCGAUGAUCGUCCAUUACCGGGCUGUGAAACAUAACAUGGUGGCUGCUUGUAUGGAGAGCAAGGAGUGGCCUGGGAAGGUGUAUUGUUACUUGACGCGGUGA